GCUUUUUUUAGGGGUAAGAAACCAUUUAUCCAAACUUAAAAACAGAACAAAAAAUAAGAAAAUCAGAUCUGCAGCAGCUUCUUAGAGUAAAUUCGUCAACACCAAAAUCCAAAAAAUCAACUGACAAAUGAAAUUCAAUGCAUGGGAAUCCAAUUUCUGAAUCCCAUGAUUUCUGAACUGAAAUGCAGCCAGGAAGUGGAACAUCAUCAUCGCUAUUUUCGUUGAGUCCACUGCCUUUCAUCUACAGUAUUAAUGGCGAAUUAAGCAAUACCGCCAUUGAAGGUUUCGACACUUCUAGGGUUUUUUUCUUGGCUUCUUUGUGGUUGUUUCAAGGCGGUGCUGGUGGUGAAGAAGGCGGCGGCGGCGGUGGUGGUGGUUCAAUGGAUUUUUCAAAGGUUGGAGAGAAAAUACUAAGUUCGGUUCGUUCGGCUCGGUCUCUUGGUCUUCUUCCUUCUACUUCCGAUCGUCCUGAGGUUCCUGCUAGGGCAGAAGCAGCAGCAGCUGUUGCUCGAGCUCUUGCAACUCUGGCCCCUGACCAGAGGUUCAAUCUGCCAUCAAGUUCUGCAGAACUUAGUUCCAUAUACGGAAGCAGGCCUCAACACCCAAUUGUAGAGGAAUUAGAAGAAGAAUUCUAUGAAGAGGAUUUUGACCCAGUUAUGUAUGUUCUAGAGCACAUUCCAUCAGAAGAAGAUGAAUUGGAACAUUAUGAAAAAAAGGCAACAGUUAGGCUAGCCCAGCUGGAGAAGAUAUCUGCACGUUUAUCCCGCCAUGUCAUGGAGCAUCAUGAAGAAAUGGUAAGGGGAAUGCAAUUGGUCAGAGAAUUGGAGAGGGACUUGAAGAUUGCCACUGUAAUCUGCAUGAAUGGGAGGAGGCAUCUGACUUCUUCUAUGCAUGAGGUUUCAAGGGAUCUCAUUGUUACAGAAAAUUCAAGAAAGAAGCAAGCUCUCUUGGAUGUGCUUCCAGUAUUAACUGAAAUAUGCCAUGCUCUGAACAUGCAGAAAGAGCUUGAAACACUUGUCGAGGAAGGGAAUUUCUGUAAGGCAUUUCAAGUACUUUCUGAAUAUUUGCAGCUUCUAGAUACCCUUACAGAGCUUUCAGCUAUACAAGUAAUGAGCCGCAGUGUUGAGGUUUGGUUAGAAAACACUCUUCAGAAGCUGGAUUCCUUAUUGUUACAAGUUUGCCAGGUUUUCAAAGAGGAGAAAUAUGUAACUGUGGUCGAUGCUUAUGCAUUGAUUGGGGAUGUGUCUGGUCUUGCCGAAAAGAUACAGAGCUUUUUCAUGCAGGAAGUACUUUCAGAGACUCAUUCUGUACUGAAGACUGCAGUUCAAGAGGAUCAGGAUAGAGAGAGUCUUCAAAAUAGUUCAAGACUUACCUACAGCGACCUAUGUCUCCAGAUACCAGAAUCUAAGUUCAGACAAUGCUUGCUAAGAACACUAGCUGUACUUUUUAGGCUGAUGUGUUCUUAUAAUGCUAUAAUGAGCUUUCGGCCAGAGAAUGAGUUUCCCAUUUCUCAGAUGCAAGAGCACUUGGACAGACAAUGCGAUUGUUCUCAGAAACCAGAAGAGGUUCAAUUAAUGAUUUUAGAUUCAGGAACUAAUGAAGAUAGAGUAGAUAAUGAAUCAAUAGCUGCCACUGCUGAGAUGUUGGAACGGUCUUCCAAUGGUGAAUAUGAGAGUAGAAGUUCUUUUACUGAUGCUUCUGGAACUAAUGGUUCCCAUCCUGGAAAUUCCAAUAACUUAUCGAGUUUGUCCCUAGAUGAUAAUGUCGCUUCCCACAAUGGAUCUCCUUGGUAUGAACUGCGAAGGGAUGCUACAGCUCUUGUUUCUCAGUCUCUUCAGAGGGGAUGUAAAAACUUUUGGCAACUUAUGACAAGUCGUGUAUCAGUAUUGCUUUCAUCUGCUGCAUUUUGUUCGACAAGCAUUCACCAAUUCCUCAAAAAUUAUGAGGAUUUGAAUAUAUAUGUUUUGGCCGGGGAAGCAUUCUGUGGGGUUGAAGCUUCUGAGUUCAGGAAAAAACUAAAGGCUGCAUGUGAAAGUUACUUGAGUAAUUUUCAUAAGCAGAAUAUAUAUGCGUUAAAGAUGGUUUUGGAAAAGGAAAGUUGGCAGAAGUUGCCACCUGAUGCUAUUCAAGUAGUCAGUUUUUCUGGUCUUGUUGGUGAUGGAGCACCUUUAAUUGCUUCCUCAGAUGUUGGUUCAAUGAAUGCUGGGAUACUUCAUUUUAACAAAUCGGUGCCUUCUGCUGGGCCUAAAAGGAGUGGGUUUUCUCACUGGCUUAAAACUGGAAACCCUUUCCUAAUGAAAGUUUCAUCUCCUAUGAACUGUCAUACACCAUCCCCAUUUGUUGAUGGGGCAUCUUGUUCUGUAGAACCUGAUGGAAUCCCUACUGAAUCUGAAACUAAAAAGGCAUCUCCUGUUGAAAAUUACAUGAAUCAUGCCAACGGCGGGACUUCUAUUCUAGAUGAUGAAAAUGAAGAUCUUCUUGCUGACUUCAUUGAUGAGGAUAGUCAACUCCCCAGCCGGAUAUCUAAACACCAUUUUCCGCGUAAUCACUCUGCACAAUGGAGAGAUGAUGAGGCUGCCGCACAAACAGGGUCUUCACUUUGUCUCUUGAGGUUCAUGGACAAAUAUGCAAGGCUUAUGCAGAAGCUAGGAAUGGUCAAUGUUGAGUUAUUCAAGGGAUUAUGCCAAUUGUUUGAGAUCUAUUAUUAUUUUGUGUUCGACACAUUUGGUCAUCAAGACAGCUAUGCAAAUGGAAAAGGUGUUGCUGAGACUCUUAAUCAUCGUUUGAAGACAGCAGUUAACAGAAUAACACAAGACUGUGAACAAUGGUUAAAGCCUAAGCAGCUUAGCUCUUCUUUGUCGUUGCCUGUGUCUCUAAAUUCAUCAUCGAAGAACAUGGAUCUUACACCUACAAGUCCUCCUGGCACAAAUUUUGGUCAAUCUCCAGGACUCAAGGAAACUUGUGCUGCGGUUAAUACUGUAUCUCUGAUUGCUCGCAUAUUGCGUAGAUCAAAGCCUCAUCUUCAAUCCAUGCUUUGGCAAAAUAAUUCAGCUGUAGUUGAAGACUUUUUCGUGUUUCUGGUUGAUUCUGUGCCAGACCUUGCAGAGCAUAUUUAUAGAUCAACUGCAAGAUCUCUUCUUCACAUCAAUGGGUACGUUGAGCGUAUUGCGAAUGCUAAAUGGGAAAUUAAAGACCUUGGAACUGAGCAUAAUGGUUAUGUUGAUUUGCUUUUGGGAGAAUUUAAACACUACAAGACGAGGCUUGCUCAUGCCGGAAUUCACAUGGAGGUUCAAGAACACCUUUUGGAAUAUGGUGUUGAAAUUGUUGCAGAAACACUUGUUGAGGGUCUAUCACGUUUAAAGAAAUGUACUGAUGAAGGCCGGGCUCUUAUGUCUUUGGAUCUACAGGUGUUGAUUAAUGGACUUCAGCACUUCGUGUCAAAAGAUGUAAAAGCAAAAGUGCACAUUGUUGAGACAUUCAUUAAGGCCUACUAUCUUCCAGAAACUGAGUAUGUUUACUGGGCCCGUGCACAUCCGGAAUAUAGCAAAAGUCAAGUUGUAGGGCUAGUUAACCUUGUAGCAACUAUGAAAAGUUGGAAGAGAAAAACCAGACUGGAAAUUAUUGAGAAGAUUGAGUCAUCUAACAUGGUUUGAGUUGGACAUUGUGUUAGGGUUUUCUGUAUCUAAUUAUUUUGUUUCUUGGAAUGUAAAUUGGAUUAGUAUCUUCCAUCUUCAUUUUUCUGUAGAUAGAAGGUUGUACAUCAUGUAAUUCCCAGUCUGUAAUAUAUAAGGUGGUUUAGAAACACCCCUUUUGAGAGAACAAACAGGAACUUAGAUGUAAUUCUGGAUCACACUGAAAUUUACGAAGCAUAUAAUAAUAUACCAAGUAAUUUUUUCAUCUUCA